UCAUCCAGGCAGGAAAGGCGCAGUGGCCCAUCCUCAGGAGCCUCACCACCCCUCUGAAAAGCCAGUCAUCCACUGCCAUAAAUGUGGGGAGCCAUGUAAAGGUGAAGUGCUCCGUGUUCAGGCCAGACACUUUCACAUCAAAUGCUUCACCUGCAAAGUGUGUGGCUGUGACUUGGCACAAGGAGGGUUUUUCAUCAAGAAUGGGGAAUACCUCUGCACCUUGGAUUACCAGCGCAUGUAUGGCACCCGCUGCAAUGGCUGUGGGGAGUUCGUGGAAGGUGAAGUAGUGACAGCUCUGGGAAAAACCUACCAUCCAAGCUGCUUUGCCUGUACUGUUUGCAAGCGUCCGUUUCCCCCAGGUGAUAGAGUUACCUUUAAUGGAAGGGACUGUCUCUGCCAGAUGUGUGCUCAGCCAAUGUCCUCCAGUCCAAAGGAACUGUCUGCUUCAGGCAAUUGUGCUGGGUGUGGAAGAGAUAUAAAAAAUGGACAAGCCUUGCUAGCUCUGGAUAAGCAGUGGCACCUGGGAUGCUUUAAGUGCAAGGCCUGUGGGAAGGUCCUAACCGGGGAAUACAUCAGCAAAGAUGGAAUUCCUUAUUGUGAAAAGGACUACCAAGUUCUUUUUGGAGUCAAGUGUGAAGCAUGUCACCAGUUCAUUACUGGGAAAGUUCUAGAGGCAGGUGACAAGCAUUACCAUCCAAGCUGUGCACGAUGCAGCAGGUGCAACCAAAUGUUCACAGAAGGAGAAGAAAUGUAUCUGCAAGGUUCCACUGUCUGGCACCCCGACUGUAAGCAAUCUACUAAGACAGAAGAUAAGCUCCGGCUGAGCAGCAUUCGACAUUCCUCAUCUGAGUUCUUUUAUCCAAAGAGUCUGGUUCUGCGCAGGCCACGCUCUGCAGAGUUGCUUUUUGUUUUUCAGCCUACAAGAACAUCAUCAGAAAGCAUUUAUUCCAGACCAGGUUCCAGUAUUCCUGGCUCUCCAGGCCACACUAUCUAUGCAAAAGUAGACAAUGAAAUCCUUGAUUACAAGGAUUUAGCAGCCAUUCCCAAAGUCAAGGCCAUUUAUGACAUUGAACGUCCAGACCUAAUUACUUAUGAGCCAUUCUACACUUCUGCCUACGAGGACAGACAGGAGAGACAGAGUCUUGGAGAGUCUCCAAGGACGUUAUCACCUACCCCUUCUGCAGAAGGUUAUCAAGAUGUUCGAGAUCGCAUGAUUCACAGGUCUACUAGUCAGGGCUCCAUUAAUUCUCCAGUGUACAGCCGCCACAGCUACACACCCACCAUGUCACGAUCCCCUCAGCAUUUCCACAGACCUGGCAAUGAGCCGUCCAGCGGUCGGAACUCCCCUGUCCCCUAUCGGCCCGACAGCCGCCCUCUCACUCCAACUUACGCUCAGGCCCCUAAACAUUUCCAUGUUCCAGAUCAAGGUGUCAACAUUUACAGAAAACCACCCAUCUACAAACAACAUGAUGCAGCUGCUUUGGCAGCACAGAGCAAGUCCUCCGAGGAUAUCAUCAAGUCCUCCAAGUUCCCAGCUGCUCAUGCACCAGCACCCAACGAGAUACCAAAGAUUGAGACAGACCAUUGGCCAGGUCCUCCCUCCCUUGCGGCCAUAGGAGCUGACAUGAGACGCAGAUCAAGUGGAAGAGAAGAAGAUGAUGAGGAGCUACAGAGACGCCGGCAGCUGCAGGAGGAGCAGCUCAUGAAGCUCAACUCUGGUCUGGGACAAUUGAUAUUGAAAGAAGAGAUGGAAAAGGAGAGUCGCGAUAGGUCAGCCCUUUCUGCCAGUCGUUACGAUUCUCCAGGUAAUUCGUCACAUGCUCCAGCCUCCAAAACUUCUUCUCUUCCUGGGUAUGGAAAAAAUGGACUUCACAGGCCUGUGUCUACAGAUUUUGGUCAGUACAACAGUUACGGGGAUGUGAGUGGUGGUGUUAGAGAUUUCCAGUCCCUUCCGGAUGGUCAUGUCCCUGGAAUGAGAAUGGACAGAGGAGUAUCUAUGCCUAACAUGUUGGAGCCAAAGAUUUUUCCAUAUGAAAUGCUCAUGGUGACCAACAGAGGGCGAAAUAAAAUACUAAAAGAUGUAGACAGAACCAGGCUGGAGCGUCACUUAGCACCUGAAGUUUUCCAAGAAAUAUUUGGCAUGACGAUACAGGAGUUUGACAAGUUACCUCUCUGGAGACGCAACGACAUGAAGAAAAAAGCUAAACUCUUUUAAAGUCUCCCUUUAAACAACCCAACAACAACAACGAUGAUGCAUGGGAUGUUGCAUCAUGCAGUCCAAACUAUUUGGAAUCAACCUACUUAUCCACCAAAAAAACAAAAAACAAAAAAAAAGAGAAAAUCACAUAGCGACAUCUCUGUCCACAGCAAUUCAACAAGAUGAACGUUUGUCCUCCUGGAAUACAGGGGGAAAAGACCUGGGCUCAGAAACAAUGGUAGUUGUUAGAGGUGUCAACCCUGUUACAUGAUAUUACACAAGCUAGGAAACUGUUCUUUCUUCUCCUUCAAUAUUCCCUUUACUUCUCGCCACAAUAUGAUGGACUUCAUUGCUAGUGCCAGGAAGUGCCCUUAGGAUGCCUUGUAGACUAACGUAGAUGUAAUCACUCCAAGA